UGUUGUUAUAAUAUUCGGAUGUACUAUGUUGUCAUCUGCUUGUCAAAUUUCUAUUUCUGGUUAUAAAGGGGAUCUCGACAGUGAUCAAAGACUAGAACAGAAAAUCCUGAAAAUCGAGUACACCCUGAAAACGACACUUAAAAGACAUGGAGAGAUGCUCAAACAAAUUAUGAAAAAGCAAUGUAAAGAUGCGAUUCCAGCAAAUAUACGUUUGGAGGAUGUGUCUUACAAGAAGCUGACAGGUCAGAGUUCAUCGCAACCAGGACAAAAACCAUCAGGUAGUGCUGUUGACGGCGAUCUAUCUACAAUCUUUCAUACAAAGGAUGACAAGACGCCAUAUUGGUGGGUAGACCUUGGAGGUUCCUUCUCAGUUCAGCAUGUUGAAAUUUGGAAUAGAGCACAUGGCUAUGGUCGUCGACUCCACGAUCUGGAUAUAACGGUUGGUCCAACUCUAAGUGAAAUGAAGCUAUGCACUUAUUACAAAGGCCCUGCUAGUGAUGGAGAGCACCUCAUUUUGACCUGCAGUAAACCAAUAAAAGGGAGAUAUGUGAAGCUUGCCUUAAGAGGCCCCGAAUAUCUGCACCUAAGAGAAGUUAAAGUGUUUGCGUAUGUCAAGGCUUGUUGA